AACCCUACCACCGAAAAGAGAACAUUCAUAAACCCCCCCUCUCAAGAGCUCACAAGCUCUUCCCAAACACACUUCAAUGGAAGAAGAGGAGAGGCUCCUCCUCCUCCUCUUCCCAACUUAACAAAAAAAAUGGCGCCUAUAAGCUCCGGCUCCUAAUGGCGGAGGGGUGGGGGGGUCAAAGGAUGCUUAUCCUCACCCACGGUCUCCGCAUCCCCCUUCGUCGCCUCCUCCUCUCCUCCUCCUCCUCCUCCUCCUCCGCUUUCGCCGCCGCAUUAUCUCGCCGGAACCCUAGCUCCGCCCUCUCCUCCGCCGCCCCCGACCCUGACCCUGACCCUGACCCCAACCUCAUCUCCAAGCUCGCAGCCGAGGGGCGGUGGUCGGACCCCCGCCUCGCCGCGGCCCUCCUCCUCACGGCGUCGUCGUUGGCCCCGCUCCGCCUCGCCCGCGCCCUCUCGGCCCUCCGCGGUGACCCCGCCGCCGCGUUCCGCCUCUUCGCCUGGGCCGCGUCCCAGCCGCGCUUCCGCCACACCGCCGAGACCCGCUGCGUCGCCGCCCACGUCCUCUUCCGCGGCCGCAUGUACUCCCAGGCCACCCAGAUCCUCCGCGACCUCGUCCUCUCCACCCGGUCGUCCCCCGUUUUCGAUAAUCUCAUCGGAGUCCUCGUCGCCACCGCUAGGUUGUCGCAAAACCCCGGGCACGGCGUCUUCGACGCAUUCUUCAGCGUUCUAACCGACCUAGGCUUUCUCGAGGAGGCGAUGGAAUCGUUCUACAGGAUGAGAUCGUUCAGGAUUUUUCCCAAGUUGCGAUCCUGCAACAAUUUGCUGGAGAAGCUUGCAAAGUCGCAGCGAAAGGAGCUGUCAAAAAGGUUUUUUGAUGAUAUAAUAGGGUCGAACAUGGCUCUGACGGUAUUCACCUUCAAUAUCAUGAUCGAUUUCUUGUGUAAAGAGGGGGAUUUGGUGGCUGCGAAUAGCGUGUUCUCGAAGAUGAAGGAGAUGGGUUGUUCUCCGGAUUUGGUCACAUAUAAUUCUCUGGUUGAUGGAAAUGGGAAGUGUGGAGAGAUGGAAGAGGCAGAGCGGCUUAUGGGUGAGAUGAGAGAGGUCGGAAUUAAGCCGGAUGUUGUAACUUAUAACGCGCUUAUCAACUGUUUGUGUAAAUGCCUGAAUAUACAGAAAGCAUUUGGUUACGUUAAUGAGAUGAAAAGGAAUUAUGUGAAGCCUAAUGUGGUCACUUUUAGUACUUUAAUUGACGCCUUCUGCAAGGAAGGGAUGAUGCAUGAGGCUAUGAACUUCUUCGUGCACAUGAAGGUGAGAGGCUUAACGCCUAAUGAGUUCACUUAUACUUCUUUAGUUGAUGGUAACUGCAAGGCUGGAAAUGUUAAGGAUGCCCUUCUUCUGCUCGAUGAAAUGGUUCAGCAGGGAGUGGAGUUGAACAUUGUAACUUACACUGCUUUAGUUGAUGGGUUGUGUAAAGAAGGGAAGGUUAUGGAAGCUGAGGAGAUCUUUAGGGCGAUGGAGAGAGUUGGGGUCACGGCCAACUUGUUAAUAUACACUGCUCUUAUUCAUGGGCAUUUCACAUAUAGGAACACAGAGAGGGCGAUGAGCCUACUUGACGAAUUAAAGAGUAAAGGAAUGAAACCAGAUGUCUCGCUUUAUGGAACCCUGAUUUGGGGUCUUUGUAACGAGGGAAAGAUUGAUGAAGCUAAGGUUUUGCUCAAUGAGAUGGAUGAAUGUGGCAUAAGACCUAAUCAAGUAAUCUAUACUACUGUGAUGGAUGCUUGCUUUAAAGUGGGGAAAGCCUCGGAAGCUCUUGUAUUGUUUCACGAGAUGCAGGAUUCUGGCUUUUUUCCCACUGUUGUUACUUAUUGUGCACUAGUUGAUGGGUUAUGUAAGCAAGGGUCCGUUAACGAAGCAAAGUAUCACUUUGAGAAAAUGAGAGAAGUUGGUCUUCAACCCAAUGUAUUGGCUUACACCGCCCUCAUUGAUGGCCUUUGCAAAAGUGGUUCUUUGCAACAAGCCUUAGAACUGUUCGAAGAAAUGGUUUUGAAAGGGAUGUCUCCAGACAAAGUUUCAUAUACAUCUUUGAUGGAUGGGUAUUUGAAGCAGGGUAAUCUCCAGGAUGCCUUUAUACUUAAGGACAAAAUGGUGGAGAAUGGCUUGCAGCUUGAUUUGUUUACUUAUACUUCUCUUGUAUGGGGAUUAUGUAAUUGUGAUAAGAUGCAAGAAGCAAGGGAAAUGCUAGAACAAAUGAUAAACAAUGGUGUUCUUCCUGAUGAAGCAGUUUAUAAUUGUUUGAUAAGCAAGUAUCAGAAGUUGGGAGAUGUGGAUCAAGUAUUGGAUCUGCAAAAUGAUAUGAGAAGAAGGGGUUUGAUCCCUAGCCCAAAACGCGAUGCCGCCUCAGGUGACUAAAGGCUUGUUUGUUUGUCCUGAACUUUUGGAACCGAACUGGACUCUUUGGUUGGAUGUGCUGAGAUUCAUUAUCUGGUCGGCCAAAACAUGCCACUUUUUGCCGAAGUUGAGAUCCAAAAUCGCGCACUUCCACUCUUGGCUUUUAUCUCAUUGGUACUACAGUUGAGUUUGUUGAACUGCAGUGGAGUUCCUAGGAACUCACAACCACAAAAUAACAAACAUGCCCUACAGUGUUAAGUUUAUACUUGAAUUUGGUUUGGAGGGCAGAGAAUACAGCAGCGCCAUAGGAUCCUCAGGGGGGCUUACUACAACAUGUUCUGGUUCAUAGAGGCUAAAGUGCUAAACUAGUGUGACACCGCUGAGGCUUUUUUCUCCUUGGCUCUGGCGCCACUUCUUUAAGAGCUAUCAGUAGACAACUAAGACUGUUUGUCCUUGAGCUCAUACCUGAAGAACCGUCGUUAUGGAUUAAAGUGGCUUGGACAGCUAUGGAUUUGUCAUAAUACUUAAAUUCACUAAGAGAGAAUUGUUGAUGCCAGAUUGCAUUUUGGGCAAGGCUCUUCUGAGAUCAUCAGCCCAUAUGUUAAUUGAUGGCUGAGAAGCAUAAGUGCUACAUAGUUAUCAUCGAUCUAAUCUCGCCAGCGGUUGCAUCAAUUCCAAGAGCUCUAUGGAUGAAUUAAAAACAGGGAAUAUCAAAGAAGCAUUCAAAAGAAACCAAUCAAUGGUGGCAAGAUUCUUGGUUUUUGGCAACUUCCCUACCUCAAAAAACAGCAGCCAUGCAUGUUGCAAAUAAUAAAUCUGAAGCUUCUACUGCAGUGAAAGGUUGAAGAAAUAAACUUCCAGACUCCAGAAGAAAAAAGUAUUUCAUAUCCAAUUCUUGGAGGGAGAUAUUCACUUAUUAAGCAGCCCUUCUACCACACUUAGCACUAAAAAGAGAAUAAAAAAUGAGAUGGCACCUUGGGUUUCCUCUAGUUAGAGAGAGUCCUUUAGCUACCUGUUGGGGACCAAGUUCUCUUAACUCGGCAUUAUCAUCACGACAUCCAUAAUGGGCACUUUUAUCUUCAUUCUGGAUUGGUUUGGAAAGUGGAAAAACAGAAAAUUAUGCUUUUGUGUUUUGAUUUUCGGAUCAUGGUUUAGGUUUCUUAGGUUGGCUGCUUAGAAAGUUGCGGUGAUGGAUUUGGGCUCACUGAAUUUUGUUAUAUAUUGCUGUUCACAGAUGUAAUGCAUACUCUCGAGCUCAAUCGGUGCUGCGGAAUCAUAUGUUUCAUUGUAUCAAAAUUUUCCUAAUUUUCUUGUACUUUGUUUUUACUUCAUUCUUUGAGCUUCACUUGAAGAAGCUCAUAUUUUGUAUCCAGUUCAUGCGCUGUAAGAUGAUGAGUUAUACAUUUUUUUUUUGUUUU